CUCUCUUAUCAGUUCAGUUCGUGAGUGUUCGUGAGUUGCAAAGCGUGUGCGAAUUGACUUAUCACAGUGAUCCGUUGCAUACGAGUUGAAACAACAGAGAUAAGGUAAUGACAUCGAUUUAAUUUUAAUUUUCGACAAUAUCUAUCGUGAAACUACACGAUUUUUUUCUGCCUCCCAUCCGCUACCUCCAGAAAUUGGUGCAUUGUCGUUUUGUUUACUCGCGUCUUUUUCAAGCAUGGUGCUUGCUUGCGUUUCGGUGAUAAUAUUGUGAAUUGUGAUUGUCGCCCUCACUACUGAAGUUUUCUCGAGCAGUCACAUUUGAAUCCGUUGUUACAGCCCUAGUAGACCGUUUUCUAAGAUUCAAUCAACUCUUUUCAGUGUUAUGUUGUGCCUCAGUGAAACCAAAAUUGGAUACACACACUACCAUAAGUAGCAGACCCGGAAUAGCGUUGUGUGGAUAAUCGAUGAUUGUCACUUAGAAGAUAAACCCUGAAGAUCAAAAUGACGGCAAACGGGAUAACCGAACAAAUCGUGAUGACGCCGAAAGGCAAGACGGCCAACUCGACGACGCUGAUGAUCGAGAGGAAACCGGUCGUCAUCAAGGAAGCCGCCAACGACAAAGUUCACGUCGGAGGAGGCGAUCACCAGGGAAUCGUCAUCAACAAAGUCAUCACCGAAGAUAUUGAUAACAUCACAGUGGCCCAGCAGUCAGUGCAGUUUCGAGUAUUUUUGGUGAACGCUCAAACAGAAAUUCGCACACAAGAAAGUAGGACACUCAAAUUUUGGUUUAAACCAUCAUGCCCUGCUUUUGAGCACCCUUCAGCUGCACAAAACUUUUUCAGAGAUCUUGUAGCACCUCAAGAUUUUCCUAGAGAUUAUGUAGGAUUUAUAAAAAAAAUCAUGAAACUGAUGCAACAUAACUACCCAGUAAUUAGAAAGAUAGAAAUAGAAUUGAAACAAUUAGAUCAAUCGAGUGUUCCUGCAAGGCCGCUCUCUACAGAUGAAACAAUUCUGAAUAAGCCUGCAGAAAUAACUGAAAAGAAAGUAUUAGAAGUCAUCGAAUCUGCAUAUCCAAAUCCUAUAACCAUUAUGGAUAUAGUUAGGUCUCAUGGCUGGUUGGAAGAAUCAGUGGCUGAAUAUUUGAGCACGCUCCAGACGAAAGGCUUCGUCAAAGCAAUGGAGCAUGACUCGUUCACCAGAAUGGUGCAAGAUGAAAAACAAAUUCAGAUUGUAAAGCAAAUGCCGUCCAUAGCCUCAAAGAAGCAACCAACAAUUGCGAUCAUCACCGCUCAGUACUGUGAAAAGGUUGCGGUCGAUGCUCUCAUUGAAAACAAAGAAACUUUUGUUCGCUACACAACUGUUGGUGAAUCAAACGUUUACACUUUGGGUAACAUCGGAACUCAUAGGAUUGUUUGUACCAAGCUACCAUCCGUUGGGCACACGAGAGAAGCCAUGACAGCUGCUGGAAACACAACCACAAGACUUCUGGGAACUUUCCAAAAAGUGGACUAUGUCCUUUUAGUGGGUCUUGGUGGAGGAGUGCCUCAUUAUACCGACUAUAACAAACACGUCAGAUUGGGCGAUGUUGUUGUAUCUCAUCCAACUGAUGAUAAAAGGUAUGUCUACACUUAUUGUGAUAAUGUUCGGACGGAUGACAAUUCGCAUGUUGAAUUCGAAUGCAAGGAAUUUUGUCCUCCCAAUCUAGAAAUCCAAAAUGUUGCUGCGAAAUUGAAACAGCAGGUUGAAUUGAAUGGAAUCAGUAUUCCAUGGCUGAAAUACUUUGACGAAGGUCGAAAAGCACUGUCAGCGGAGUAUCCUGAGACUGAUUUUGCCCGGCCACCUCCGGAGUCAGAUAAACUGUACAUGUGUGUGGGAGAGAGGGAUAUCAUCGAAGUUGCUCAUCCACAACCAUCAGAUUCUAAUAAUAACUUGGAAGGAGUUCCCCGAGUUCAUCUGGGCCCUGUGGCCUCCGGGCGAGCUGUAUCACGGCACGAACAACUGCGCCAGUUAUUCGCCCUGCAGAGCGCUGCCUUGGCCUUCGACUCUGAGUUUGACUCGGUGAUAGACUCUGUCCGAGGGAACUGUCGGGACAGUUUUGCUUUGGUCAGGGGUAUAGCUGACUACAGAGACGGCACCAAAAAGUCGGAGUGGCAAUCCUACGCUGCAUUGGCCGCGGCUGCUGUUGUUAAGGCGAUUAUCUGUGCCAUGGAUCCUCCAUCUGAUUAGAAUACCCUCUUAAUAUCUCUUGAGUCUGUCUGUUGUUAAAUCGUGGAAAUUUCUUUUGGACAAAGUUUAUUUUUGAAGGUCAGUUGGACAUCAUUUUGCAAUAAGGAACCAAGAUUUCUGACCCAUCCAUAAAAGCAUCUAUCUACAUAGAGAAACUAAUGGCCCAUACAUUGUUUCUAAAAUGAGCCAAAAAUUUGAGUUCCUUAUUGCAAAAUGUAGUCCAUUUACCCGUAGGAUAUGCGAAUGAGACGAUUUUUCUGACUGAAAUUUCGCUACCUCUCUUUGCCUGAUCAUACUGUUCUAUUUUCAUUUGAUUACAACUUGGUCACAGUCAUUUCUUUAUUUUAAAGGAAAGUUUUGACAGUCUCUUGUCAUGUUUUUGUGAAGAAUUACAAAUCAUUGUUUUCUUGUUUUCUAUUAUUUAAGUUGACCUAUUCUCAAUUUUCUAUUUGUAAAUUGGUAGUUUCCAAGAGGUUUUUUUUUAUAUUCAUAAAAAAAUUUGAAAACUUUUGAUUUAAGUUAUUCUCUUAUAACUUUAUUGAUCUUUAACCUCACUUAGAAAGGGACCUCAGUUCUUUGUGGCAAAUUUUUCAAGAGUACGAUUUUUUUUAUGGUAAAAUAAAAAAUCUGUCCUUGAGCAUUCAACGGAAAACGCCUUCAAGUAUCCCAAAAAAUUGGUUGUAAAUUGUUUAGUCAAGUUUUGUGCCAGUUGAGAGUGUAAUAUUAAAUUUUGACAAUAAAUUUUGAGUAUUUGAAUAAGGCAGAUUAGAUCUCAACCGCAUUUUGAUACAAUGAUGAGACGAUGAUGCACAGAGGGUACAUGCGCUGCCUUGCGACUACCUUUGUGUAUCCGCCACGAUUUCAUGACAUUGAGGUCCCUUUUUAUGUCAACUGUCACAUUCGUAGGGAUCCUACUCACUCGAACCCCAAUACUCAAGUGUACCUAUGGAAAUCCCAAAAUGCCUAUUUUAUUCUAAUCUGUUGCCGAACUCCUGUCCGUUCGAAAUUGCUUAAGAUGACGUAACAAUAGGAUGAUCAUUUCAGGGGUCAAUAUGACUCCAUGCACGCACCACAACUUAAUUCGUCAGAGGAAUAAUUUACCAAGCGGGUAUUUUUAAGUAUUUGUUUAAGCCAUCAGGUCAAGAAUCAUUUUGAUCAUCACGACGCCAAGAAAUGGUUUGAUAGAUUUUUCAUUUCAAUAUCUCGACUGUGAAAAUGACUCUUGCAUAUGAGGUGCCACUAGAUUAUCUUCAAAAUUUAUGACAGUGGCCGUCAAUAUAUGUAAUGGAACUUAAUUUGAAAUGAAAUCGAACUGUAUGUGCUUUUGUUAAACUUUGUAUGCUGAUCAGCUUUUUUUAAAUACUUUACUCGCAUAUUCUGUGGAUUUCACUCAAUUGCUCGAAGUGCUUUUGUUGUUCUGUUUGUAUAAUGAAGUUUUUACUUUAAAAUAUUUUGACUUUUUAUUGUUUGUUAUGUUUGUUUGUUUGUAUGUACUGUAAUUUGUAAUUUUUUCCUUUUUUUAUUUAAUCAUACAUGUUUUUGUAAGUUUUAUACAAUCAUUGAUUUUUGCUUCAGUUUUUAUUUUUGAUAGUGUUAUUUACAGCCGCUUUAUUUGAUGAAUCUUAUUUAAAAUUGAGUGUUUAUCAUACAACUGAAUUGUUCAGUUUGAAAAUACGCCUUUUUUUCCAACUCUUUUAUCUAUUCUCUCCCAUCAAGUUUGACUAUUCCAAGGUCUGCCUCCUGUAGACAAGUAAUUCUUUCUUUUCUGUUGAAAUUAGAAACAGCAAAUGAUAAGUAUCAAAAAAGAUCAGUCAAAAAGGAUGUUUCUAUGAAAGACAAGAUGGCGUAUUUUCAUUCUAUGCAAUUCAAUCAACUUCAAACCCAUAUGAAGCUAAGUUUUUCGUUAAAAGUUGUCAUAAGGAAAGAUGCUGCUCUUUUUAUUCUGACAUCAUGAUCAUGUAGAAAUUUUACAUUUUCGUUUUACUGAAGGAUGCCUUCAAAAAUUUUGGAUGUAAACAAGAUCAUGAAAUCUCAUCAUUCAAGCGAAACAUAUUUUUAAACAGAAUUUUUUUCCUUCAUCUUAAAUCAAAAGACUUUGGAAGAAAAAACUGCACAGCAUUUUUCAUGGUACAACAGUCAAGUCUUGACAGCAUAUCACUGUUGCUUGAGUACUUUUUUUUAACAUGUAGCCCUCAAGGUUGCCCUUUUUUUUCUUUUUCAUUCUUGUGCAAGAAAUACCCAACAUAUUUUUACUGAUUAUAAUUCAUAGGUAACAAGCACAACUCGGUGUUUUAAGAGUCUUUCUGGUUUGAGUUGAAAAAUUUAUUGAAAAAUAUUAUCUUCCCUCAAGAACUUUUGCUUGCCCUCACUUAUUUGAUGUACCCAUUUAAAUUCUAGACCUGUAAUGAAUAAAAGAAGCACUUGAUAUUUUUUAAUGAAUUGAAAUAUUGGUGAUGAGGUACAGACUUUGUCUCUUGGUCAACUUUUUUAAGAAAAUCGACCACUUUUAUGUAACUCAGUUUUCAGCUCUGCUCUUUAUACAUAUAAUUUCUGCAUGAGCCCCGAAACUUCAGACCACAGAAACAGAACAUCACAGAAAUAUCACUAAUUCUGCUGUGCUAAGGAAGCACGUUGUAUGAACAUUCGAGAGUUGCCAAAUUGCCCAGGAUAAAACAAGUAUUCUUAAGAACAAUUUUGCGUAUUUUUCAUACAGCUUUCUUCUUUAGCACGGCAGAGUUGUCCUUGUUCGGUUAAAACUUCUUUUAUUAAUCCAAUAUACUUUUGAGUAUAAAACCAUCACAAUUAUUUUAUAAGGGACUGUAAACAUCCCUUUCUCUUUUUUAUGUUUUUUAAAGUGUUUCUUAUGUUUUUUUACUCUCCAGUGAGCAGAGUCAAACAAGGUUACGCAACAGAGUCAAAUAAGGUUACGCACUUUAAGAGUAUUACAGAGUAUCUGCCAAUGUGAUUUUAACAUUUACUUUCAAUGCCAAACUGAAAGCGAAUGAUCUUCUGUUGCACUCAAAAAGUGUGUAGGCUUUUAUGGCGUGGACUCUAAUAGGAGUUGCAUCAACUUGUGCAGAAUCUGUUCAUGGCUCAGGCGUUCUUUCCAGAGAGUGUUUGCCUGUUCUAAAUGCAGAAUGAAAGAUGUGGUAAAAUAAAUAAUUAUGGGUCUCGCUGAAAUGGAAAAAAAGGAUGUAUUAUUUUUCCUCUUACAGCUUGAAGAAGAAAAUUAGAUGUUAAUUGUAAUCAACUAAUCUGAAAAUUUUUUUGGUGAGAAACUCCUAUCAGUAUGUGUAAUUAUCACCCACAAGAAUAUCAUUCUUUGCUGUUGGCUGAAGCCAAAAGAUUCUGAAUUAAAUUACACAGCUAUGAUAUGCAUUUGUUCCUACCACAAGUAGUACUUUUUUCUUCAGGAACCUCAUCUCUCAUCUAACUUUUACAUAUCCAUCAAUUUCUUACCAUUGACCAACCAUACGUUUAAGUGUUCAAAACAAAGCUUGUAAUCAUUCGAUCUACUUGAGUAUUUUAUAAGAUAACAAUGCAUGUCCUUUUAAUGAGUUGUAUUUCUCUUGAUGUGAUUUUUUUAAGUUAAUGUUGGGCAUUACUGGAAGUGUUUGGCGCAUUCAGUAGGGAAACUGAAACGUUGGUUCUGCUCAUGUCAGUCAGACAUUAGUAAGCAGACACGGUCUGCCUGUGAGCACGCUUUUGGAAAGCAGGUAUAAACGUACGUAUAAUCAUUGGCUCUUUCAAAAACCAAUCCACGUGCCUGCUCACUGAUGUCCAUUUAAAGGUAUCAAUCAUUUAGAAAAAUAGACGAAAAGUUUGAAGAACUGUAUGAGAAUUUUUAUGUAGAUCGCCCUUUUUUUUACUUUCUAGGUAAUUUAUUUUUCUAUUACUUUGUUAGUCAUCAUAGUAUUAUUUUUCUCACAAUCAGUAUUUCUAAUUAUCUGGAGUUUUCCCCCUUUUUUUUAAUUAAUACUUUUCCUUCUCAAGGGACCUGUAAGGAUUAUUGUCAGGAAAAGAUUUUUCUCAGUAUUUUCAGCAAACUAAUUAUGAAGACAAGAAUACGAACAGCCAAAUUUUAAUGGUGGCAGUCUGAAAAAACUUCUUUCAAUAUACGUUGUUCAAGAUUUCUCGUCACUUUUGUUUUAUUAAAGAAAAGGUAACAAGCAUUAUUUCUUGGAAUGUUUACCGGUUUUAUGUCUUGUUCAGAAUAUUUUGUGAAAAUUUCAAUUCAUUACAAGAAAUGUGAUCUUCUUUAAAAUAAUGAUGUGAGAGUAAACAUUUUGAAAGGUAGCAGGAAUGCUACAUAUUUUGCAAUGUCCCUAUUGAUUUGCAGAGACUGUGAGUUGUAUGCUUUGCUAAUUGCUCGGGGCCCAAAUAUUGUUGGCUACAGUCAACUCAAGCUGUAAAAUCUGACUACUGAGUUGAGAGAAAAAAAAAAAAAACUUAAACUUAAAUUGUAUGCAAGUUGAGCUUUGUAUACUAUAGGUUCGAGCCAUCUUUGGUUCCUGUACGGUGCAAACCAUUAAUCAGUAAUCGAUAACAAUGUCAAUGACCUUGCCUCAACUCGCAGUCAGCGGCAAACCUACCACAAAAAUUUCAGACUGCAAUUUGAUUUUGUCUAUAGUAAAUAGCACCCUGGACAAAAGUGUUUCUUAUUGACUCCCUGAAAGAUGAAAAGAAGAAAUUAAAUUCAUGAGUUUUUAAAUUGUCAAUAUAACUGAACCAAAGGCAUUCAUUUUCUACUCAUGUAGUAUAUAGAUUCCCAAUCUCAAAUGUUAGUUCAAUUUCCACGUUACCUUCAUUAACGGUGUAUUCCUAUUAAUUCUAGUGUUCUUAACUUAUUUUCAACUCUUUCAUUUUUCUUUUGUAGAAUUAUUUUUCCUUUGUUUUUUCUUCAAUAAAGUUCCAAUUAAUCAGUCCA